AUGCUUGGAAGACCUUUGGUAGACAGUCUACCAGAACUGUUGUUGGUGCCGUCGAAAAGUUUAGUUCGUUUUGCGUCAACGAAUCCCUCUUCGUCGACGCCGUCUGAUGAGAAACCCGCAGUGAAAUCCACACCAAGAACGAAAUCCGUCUACGGUUGUGGCCUUGUUGCCUCGGGAAGUCUAAUGAACGGUUCGGCAGUCAAAAACGCCUUCAACAGUGAAGCAAUGGAACUGAAAAAACCAACGCAUAUCACGUACUGUAACUCGAAAGCAAUCACGGCGAUUGCGAGUGGAUUCGGAUUCUCGGUGUUCGCGUCGAGAACGAGACUCUACGGUGGUGGCGUUAAUAUUUUCAGCAACGAACUGAAAUCGGAUGGUUUCUGGUCAAGGGGUAGACGUCUCAUGUUCAACGUGAGCGAUCAAGAAGCAAGCGAUACGAAUGGUAGUGACAGCGGCGUUGACAGUGAUCCGGCAAGAGAGAAGAUUAUCGAUAUAGCAGCAGGACGAAGACAUUUUCUGGUGGCAACCAAUAAGCGAUUGUAUGCUUUCGGCGAUAACGCCCACGGACAGUGCGGUCAAAAUCCCGAGAAAACGCAAUUUCUUCUGCCGAACAACCCGAAAUCUGCUGGUCGCAUUGAAUUGCCGUCCGAUUCUCGUUUGAAACAAGUUCACUGUACUCUUGACUCGUCGUUUGUGCUCAUGGAAUCUGGAGAAAUCUUCUCGUUUGGCCUAGGUACGGAUGGACAGCUGGGACGUCGGGUGCAGCCGUUCGACUGGCACUGUAAGCGGGUUGAGGGUGAUUUAGAAGGCGUCAAAAUUGUCUCGUUAAAAGGUAGUACUGACACGUUGAUGGCUGUCUCAGAGCGUGGUGAGUUGUUUAUGUGGGGCCAAAAUGAGUACUCUCAAAUGAAGCCGUUUUCGGCAGAGAUGCAAGAAGGUUUCAGUCGUCAUAUUAGAUUGAAAAUUUCGCCCAUAGCAUACGCUGAUUCUACGGCCACAUCAUGUGUGGCGCUCACCAAAGAUGGACAGGUAUAUGUCUGGGGAUACGGAGUUCUCGGACAAGGUCCUAAUAUUAGUUCCACGACAAGACCGACGCUUCUAGAAGCUAAUCUGUUCAGUGGAGGUCCCGGAGAUGCGGGUUUGGUGAGAAGGGUUUUUGCCGGAAAUACGUCGAUGUUCGCCAUAUCAGAGGAGGAUAAUUUGUUCGCAUGGGGUGUGAAUCGUUUCUCGCAUUUGGGUCUAGGACAUAGCAAUAAUCAAUACUUCCCAUACCAGGUUGUNUUGUCGAAGCGACCCGUAAGCGUUUCGGCUGCCCCGGAUCAUACUCUUUUCCUCCUUCAGUAG